AGGGGAGUCUUUCUAUCGCCAACUCCUGCACCAAGCAGGUUUCCAAGACUUCCCAAUGCUGAUGAAGUCCAGUAAAGAAUAUUUUCAGGCAGAAGCCAGGAAGUACAAAUCUUAAAGAAAAAGUACGAAUUGAGGAGGAGAGCUCGGAGGCCGCGACACGUUUAUACCACACGCGCAGCGUAACAUACCUGCACCCGUUCCGGCCCAUUGAAUCCCACCCCCGCAGCGACCCCGAGAGGCCCUGCUCGCGCCCACACCACACCCCUCCUCCUCCCCAACCCCCGCCCUUUGCGUCUCCCCCGUCCUUCCUCCCCAUCCCCCAUACGUCAGCCCACUGACGAGGUCGGACGGCUGCGCAGCCGCAGUAGCUGCCGCGGCCGCUCCUAGCCCUGGGGAUCCUGGGACGAGGCCUUUCCGGAAGGAGCGGCUCGGCGUCCGGGGCUAGGCCCUUGUUCCAGGCCCGGGCUCAAGCCAGGCCCUCGUUCCAGGCCCUCGUCCUAACACCGCUCUCCGUAGCCGCCGCGACGCUCUGGUGACAGCGGAGGGCGCCGCGGGCCGCUCGCUGAGGUGGCCGGCCUCGCCGCCAAGCGAGCCGCAGUACGUGGCGGCGCCUCCCCCUUGGCCCGGAGCGGAACUGCUGGAGGAGCGGCAGCGCAGGCCGGACGGACCAGGUGAACCGGGUCACUUAACAGCUUUCUGGUGAUGAAUCAUCUGCAUGAUAGUCAGAUUUGAGGUCCACAGCCCUUUGUGGUCCUGCUAUCGGACAGUUUUCAGUGGAUGACUGACUGGUGUGAUCUGAGGGGUGCCGCAGGGACUGCUUGCCCUUGAUAAGGAAAGCGAGCUCCCCGGCUCUUUGGACAGCCUCGUUUCCUUGAAAGCUUUCAGAUUAUAACUUCUUUCUCCGGCACAGAUCUGUGCAAAAGGAAGGCUUUCACACAUGAAAGUGUCUCUUGGUAACGGCGAAAUGGGCGUCUCCGCCCAUUUGCAGCCUUGCAAGGCAGGAACCACACGUUUUUUUACCAGCAAUACUCACAGUUCGGUGGUAUUGCAAGGCUUUGAUCAGCUUAGAAUAGAAGGAUUGCUUUGCGAUGUGACACUGGUACCGGGUGAUGGAGAUGAAAUCUUCCCCGUUCACAGAGCUAUGAUGGCGUCUGCUAGCGAUUAUUUCAAGGCUAUGUUCACGGGUGGAAUGAAAGAACAAGAUCUAAUGUGCAUUAAGCUUCAUGGGGUGAACAAGGUUGGUCUGAAGAAAAUAAUUGAUUUUAUUUAUACUGCAAAACUUUCUCUUAAUAUGGACAACCUUCAGGACACUCUUGAAGCUGCCAGCUUUUUACAAAUCUUACCUGUUUUGGACUUCUGUAAAGUAUUUCUUAUUUCGGGAGUCUCUUUAGAUAACUGCGUUGAAGUUGGACGAAUUGCUAACACCUACAAUCUCAUAGAAGUGGAUAAGUAUGUCAAUAAUUUCAUCCUGAAGAAUUUUCCUGCAUUAUUGAGUACUGGAGAGUUUCUAAAACUCCCUUUUGAACGGCUUGCCUUUGUGCUUUCCAGUAAUAGUCUUAAGCACUGUACUGAACUUGAGCUCUUCAAGGCUGCCUGUCGCUGGCUAAGGUUGGAAGAUCCUCGGAUGGAUUAUGCUGCAAAAUUAAUGAAGAAUAUUCGAUUUCCAUUGAUGACACCACAGGAUCUCAUCAAUUACGUGCAGACAGUAGAUUUCAUGAGAACAGACAAUACCUGUGUGAAUUUGCUUUUAGAAGCUAGCAAUUACCAAAUGAUGCCAUACAUGCAGCCAGUGAUGCAGUCAGAUAGAACUGCCAUUCGAUCUGACUCGACGCACUUGGUCACAUUAGGAGGAGUUUUGAGGCAGCAGCUGGUUGUCAGUAAAGAACUGCGGAUGUAUGACGAAAGGGCACAAGAAUGGAGAUCUUUAGCCCCCAUGGAUGCUCCUCGUUACCAGCAUGGUAUUGCUGUCAUUGGAAACUUUCUUUAUGUAGUUGGUGGUCAAAGUAAUUAUGACACGAAAGGAAAGACUGCUGUCGAUACAGUUUUCAGAUUUGAUCCUCGGUAUAACAAAUGGAUGCAGGUUGCAUCUUUAAACGAAAAGCGCACAUUCUUCCACUUGAGUGCUCUCAAGGGACAUUUAUAUGCUGUUGGUGGGCGCAGUGCAGCUGGUGAGCUGGCCACAGUAGAAUGUUACAACCCAAGGAUGAAUGAGUGGAGCUAUGUUGCAAAGAUGAGUGAACCGCACUAUGGCCAUGCCGGAACAGUGUAUGGAGGCUUAAUGUAUAUUUCAGGAGGAAUUACUCAUGACACUUUCCAAAAUGAGCUUAUGUGUUUUGACCCAGAUACAGACAAAUGGGCACAGAAGGCUCCAAUGACUACAGUCAGAGGUCUGCACUGCAUGUGUACAGUUGGAGACAAGCUCUAUGUCAUUGGUGGCAAUCACUUCAGAGGAACAAGCGAUUAUGAUGAUGUUCUAAGCUGUGAAUACUAUUCACCAACCCUGGACCAGUGGACUCCAAUUGCUGCUAUGUUAAGAGGUCAAAGUGAUGUUGGAGUUGCCGUCUUUGAAAAUAAAAUCUAUGUUGUAGGUGGAUAUUCUUGGAAUAAUCGUUGUAUGGUAGAAAUUGUCCAGAAAUAUGACCCAGAGAAGGAUGAGUGGCAUAAAGUUUUUGACCUUCCAGAGUCUCUUGGUGGCAUUCGAGCUUGUACUCUCACAGUUUUUCCACCUGAGGAAAACCCUGGGUCACCUUCUAGAGAAUCACCUCUUUCAGCACCUUCAGAUCAUUCUUAGGACUAAAAUGUAAUACCUUUACAGCGCAUCAUGGAUGAUCUCACACUUCCCCUUCAGUUGUUAUCUUCUUACAGCGAUUGGUACAGUUAAUUAGAUAAGUGGUAACUGAUGUUAUUUGUAUUGUUUGGCUUAGUGUGUUUAUCAUAUGGUUAACAAAUGUAUUGUGAAAAUGUAUUCAACAUAGCCAGCUGUUUUAACAGAUGUAAGAAGAUAGGUAGGGAACUGUUUUAGAUGUCUUUGUGGUGUUGUGUAAGUUAAAUUGUAGGUGAUCGUAGUAAAUGUGUAACUGUGUUCAUUAUGCUUCAAAGUGGAGAGUUUUCAUCUUUGACUUCAAAACAUCAAAGGGAGGCUGCCUGCUCUAACCUAAAAUAAAAGGUCGCCAAAUAUUA